AUGCUUUUAAAAAUGGUAUUCUGUCUUCUAAGUGCAAGACAAGAAGAUUAUAAAAAUGUUAGUGAAGAUAUUGAUUCUGUUAUAGAAAAAGCAAUUCUAUAUUUUUUAAUUACAAGAUGGGUUUUAUUAGGCAAAGUUAUUGAUCGAAUUUUAAAUCAAUGGGAUAUUUUAUGUGAUUAUUUUCUUUGUUUUUUGCCUGAAAAACCACCCGUACAAAUUCGAGAAAACAAACGUUAUGAAAGCAUCAAAUUAGUCUUAUCAUCAAAUUUCUCGAAGGUCAAAUUCAACUUUGUGUUAUAUUUAUGUGAAAAUAUUUUUGAUCGUUUUUUGACCUUCUUCCAACGUGAAGAACCAUUGAUCCAUUUAUUAUAUUGUGAAAUUAAUGAUUUAUAUCGAAAUGUUCUAUUAUCAUUCUUGAAAUCUGAUUCUGUUCAACAAAAAUUUGGGUGUGGGUGUGGGUGUGGGUGUGGGUGUGGGUGUGGGUGUGGGUGUGGGUGUGGGUGUGGGUGUUAGUGAUGGAACAAUGUGCACCAUCGGGCAUACGCAUACUCAUUCACAUCUACACCCACACCCACCCACACCCACA